AUGUUUGAGGGGUUUGUCAGCCAGGUUCUGGCUGGGUAUCUUGGUCGGUACGUCAAGGGUAUUCAGAAGGAUCAGCUCAAGAUUGGCAUAUGGAAUGGUAUGGUACCCGUGACCCCUCUCUCGUGUGUUCAAAUUCUUCUAUUGAAUAUCCUGCUGACCGGAAACAUCUCUCAUUCUUCUUCUGCUACCCGUAGCCCCUCCUUCGUUUGUUCAUAUUCUUCUAUUGAACCUCCUGUUUACCGUAAGCGAUAUCUCAUUCAUCUUCUUCUUCCCAUCAUGAUCAUCACUGUGAUAACUUAAUUUCCUUCACAAUAAGACUUAAUUAUUCCUGGUUCCCUGUGAGUCUUCUAGUCAUCCCUCUCCCCUACAUUGAUGCAGUUACGAGACAUCAUCCUUUUGAAGUUUUCUCAUCUUUAUUACUCAUCCAAUUUUUCGAAUCAGAUAAAUCUAAGAAAAAUACCGUGGUACGGUUGUAUCUGGAGACUUCUGGGUCAGUGUGUCCGAUGCACGUUUGUUUGAUUUUUGCUAUUUUUUUUUCGGAUCAGAAAAGUUGACUACUUCUGGGGAGGUACUGUUUUCGCAUUAUUCUUAAGUUCUGUGUGUACAUUUUGAUAGUAUGUGUUCUUAACCAUACUGACCCGGGCUUCAUGGUCAUCUCAUUGUUAUUAAAUGAGGGAAAUAACUGCAAACUAUUUGCAGGUGCUAUUGAUUUCCAGAAAUAGGAAGUGCGCAUAUUAGGUGGUUUCCACUCUUUUGCCAAUAUCUACAGAUUCUAAUAUGGUCUUCUAAUUUGCAUCAGUCCUUUCCCACUCAAUGCAACAUUUACUCAUGCAGCGCCACAUUUUCUAGAUAUAGUUUUCCUCAAGAAAGUCGUGUGUGUUUGUGUGUGUGUUCCCACGUGCUGGAUGUGUAUACGAUUUGUUUACUCGAGGGAAAUUACAUUCCCUCUUUUUAGGAAAUAACCUCCUGAAACAGUCGAUUUCCUUCCAAAUGCUUUGAGAUGUGACUAUUGGAAGAGUGAAACAGCUCUCCAGGAUGUGGAGUUGGUCUAAGUCGCAAACCUUGAUUGGAAGAGUAUAGAACAGUAUCUUAAUGAUGCUGAAUACGUUUGAAUAUGAAUUAUGGAUGGAACUAUGCGUAGAGUAUUUUUGUUGUGUUAGCGGAUAUUAGCAUUUAGAUCCAGUAUCUUUGAUUGCCAAUGUUGUGGACGACUUUAUUCUAGAAAAUGAAGGUUUUUUUAGUAAUUUAUACUGACCCUGGAUCCGGAUAUUAGUUGUUUUUUGAACAUUCUUGAAAAAUUUAGAUCCAGUAUCAUUUUUUGAGUAAUGUACAUCUUUUCGUAAUGUCUAUUGACCCUCGAAUUUUGUGCUCCUGUUUCAUGCAGAAGAAGUAUUAUUGGAUAAUGUUGAACUCAUUCUUGAGGCUUUUGACUAUCUCCAGUUGCCGUUUGCAUUAAAGCAAGGUAUGAUAUCCAUCAUGACUUUAAAAUUUUAUUGCUGGUUUUAAUUUAUUAAACAUGAAUACUGGAUACAUGCUUGUCCUGUCCAUCUUAAUUCUCUAUGUGGGUUUACUAAUUUGACCUGUUAUUCAUUUUGUUUCUUACAAAGUUCAAUGCUCUUCUUUUUAACUAGGGCGCUGUACUAUACAGCUGAUAUAUUUCAAGUUCAAAGAUAAUGUCUAAUAUAAGAGUAUUCGAAGUUUUUUUUUGUUUGAGAACCCAAAAAUAUUUGAUGUUUGGCAAAAAUGUGCAAUUUUCUGUUUUAUUGAAGAUCUAUGUUGCAAAGUGCCUCUAAUCGGGAGCAACUGUGGUGGCUAGACUCCCAAAUCUUCACUCCCCUCCUCCCAUGCUGCAAAACAAGAUUACAACAACGUGGUGCAUCUCAAAAGGAUCGAAAUAGUAGAAACGUGGAAGGCUCAAAUGGGCUCGUUUAGGUAGCCCAUUAGACCAAAAACUUCUUUUUCCUAAUUGGAGGUUUAAUCUGCGUUUCCUUUGAUAGGAGGUCAACUAUGUUUAGUAAUCAUUUAAUUUUAUGUAGAAGAAAUAGAUACUGUUAAUAUAUUCUACUAUUUACGUGUUCUUUUACUACUUCUGGCCUAUUUAUAGAAGCCCACUGUAUGAUAGAUGACGUUUUCCUUUGUAAUAUAUUUUUUUGUUGUAUCUUUCUCUUGAGCAGUGAGGUUCUAUGUCUUAAUUCUUAUGAAUUCAAGGCUUAUAGAUAUCAUUUUUUUAGAUUUAAGGUCCAAUUUCGCCCCUUCCUGUACUUCUACUACGCCAUCCCACUUCAACUACCUUUUUUCUUUCCCCUCUUUUUCCUCCUAUCUGACCAUGUUUCUUAGAUACUGUUGGUGGCAUCUUUUUUACCGUUAUUUUUAUCCUCUGGCUUUAUUUAUUAACAGCUGCCUCUUGCAGCUUCACCUGAAAGAAUGAUCAAGCUUUAUCUCUAUCUCUUCUUGUUUGGGUGAUCCUAAGUCACUGAGACAUGGAGCUUGCUGCAGAUACUCAUUUGCAUUGUGACAUCUUACUGAUUGAAACUUGAGUCUUUAGAUCUUUCGAACAAAUAUUCCUUGCAGGUCUUCAUUUUUUCAGUAGUUCUAUGUUUCACAUUUUUAAUUUCAAGGUGUAAGUUUCACAUUAUGAAAUGAUUUACAUAAUCAUCGCACACAUGGAUCUUCUGGUAUACUCGAUUAUUGGAUUUUAAUUAAUGCAUUCGAUGGCAUUUCCAGUCUAUACUUGAUUUACUGAACUUCUGUAUACAAGAACCUGCGUACUUUAGUUGAUUAUCGAUGUUGAAACUCCAUUGAUAGUUAUUCAUUUAUGAUAUCCAGCCCAACCAUCACCAACAUAUGUCAGGAGAGAUAUAUGAUAGCCAUGAAUAGCUUCAUGAAGACAUUUAUGGCUGCUUCUUUUUUCAUAUUUCUUGUGCAUUCAUCCACUAUUAAUGUAUGUUGUUUUGCCAUCAUCACCAGCUGUAAGAUCCUUCCAUAUUGGUACAUGUGAGAAAGAUAGCCAACAUAGUAUGGAAAAUUGGCUCGUACAUUUCAGCCCUUUGAAACUAAGUUAUGCUGUUCGCCUAUAAAAUAUCAAGAAUCCUUCGGAGCUAAUUGUCAUUCCUGAACAAAGUAUCUUCUAGAUGCUUCCUAUGAAAAAUUCGCAACACAGACUGAUCUCACAGGUCACAACUUUCAAAGACAAAGUACCUUCCCACCAUCUACCCAUCAUCUUUUUGCUACUUAUAGUUGAUUGUUUUCUUUCUGGAAAUUCCUUUGUUUCAUGUUUCCAAAACUCAUUGUUUCUUAUUCAUUGCAUUUGGUUUCUUUGUCAGGAAAAAUCGGGAAACUAAGCAUCAGAAUCCCUUGGAAAAAACUUGGCUGGGAUCCUAUUGUCAUUGUGUUGGAGGACGUCUUCUUUUGUGCUUGUUCACGUGGUAGCCAUGAUGUAUGCCCAAUCUCUAUAGCUUUUACAAAUAGUUGGAACUGUUUUAAUGAGCCAACUGGAGAAUAUUGGUUUUUUUAUCCAUUUGAGGAUUUUUUUUCAUUCAUUUUCUGUCUGUAAUUCUUUCCCUUUCUUAAAUAGUGGAGUUUGGCUUCUGUGGAGAAGCGAGAAUUAGCUGGGAAAAUGGCAAAGCUCAAUGCUGCUGAAUUAGCCAAGUUUUCUAAGCGUGUCUAUGGUAAGUUUGCCGAGAAAACAUUGCCUUUUUUGUACCUGGCCGUCAGAAUGACCUUGCCAACUUUGAUAAUUUCAUAGCGUUUUCGUAUUUCAUAUUCGAAGCAAUUGACUUUGUAUCUGAUUUGAUGUUUUCUGUCACAAGUUUAUAUACUUCUUCAAAUUAUGUUGGUGUCAGCAUUUGUAGUCAUUUGAGCAGUUGCUUGCCAACAGCUUUAUAUUUUUCACAUUUGAGAUUAGUAUAACCCAAUUUUAUAGUUUUUUUUUCAUACUGAGGGUAUUUUUCAAAGGAUUUUUAUUUUUGCCUUCUGAGCUAAGUUUUUCGUCAUCACUACACAAGUUGGAAAGGGGCUGUUAUCCAGCUACAUACUUCUGAAAGAAUCUCUUUUUUGGUUCAGGACACAGGACUCUAGUUAAAAUCUGAAUUUUGUUGUCCAAAUUUGCAUUCAGGUAACAGAUUCCAUUUCAAUUUCUUAAUAAAUAGAAUCCGGUAGCGGUUUCGUUAAUGAAUAUAGGAAUACUUGAAGAAGAAUGCCACAGGCGCUUGGGUGAGAGAGAAGCUAAAGUUGGUUUCCAAGGGCAGAAGUAAACCAUGUACCCUGAAAAAUCGAAACUCAGCAUCAGCUCGAGGAACUAUAAAUUUGUUUCCUGCAUUGCUGCUGGUCUGCUGCGGUUCUAGUUCUUCGACAGUGUGGGAACUGUCUGAUGUUGUCUGUAUUUUGGUUUUAAGUUUGAAUAAAACUGUUCAGAUCUACUUUCUGCUUGUUCCCGUUGAUUCCAGCUGUUUUUCCGUACAGGUACAUUUAGAAAGUUCCAUUUGUUUUAUCUGGACACUGGUCAUUUUUCAAUUCCUUGAAUCAGCUGCAAUUUAACGUGUUUGCUGCAAAUGGAAAGGUGGAGUCUGAGUAAUUGUACAGGAAUUUCUUUUCAUAUAUCCUAUAAAGGACCUGCAAUGUGCAUUGAUAUUUGAGAUACCUUUGCGUGUUUGAGAAUGAUCUUAUUUAUGAAUCUCUUCUUUUCAUUAUUUCUUUAUGUGGGGAUCAAGAACUGUGUUUUCUCUUUCCUGGCCACCUCAAUCUUCUACAAUUUUUCCUUGUCAUUUCAUGCCACUCGUUCCUUUAAUGAUUGUUGGAGAUGUGCACCUUUGACGAGGUGUUUCUAUUUUAACACUUUUUUUCCCUUUUAUUUUUUAAGAAGUCCAAGAUUGUACAAGGUUGUUAUUGGUAUUCGUAAAUUAGAACAGCAUUUUCGUUCUUGUUUAAGUUAUAUUCGAAAGAAUGUUUUUACUUUGGUAACUCAGUGUGAACCCUAUUCUUAUUCUUGUUGUUUUCCUUGUAGGCAAUCAAGUUGGCCAGUCUUUUUUUGCUAAGGUAAAUUGUUAAUCUCGUUACACUUUCUCAUAAUUUUUUUUUCUGCAUCUAUCAUCUUUGAAUGGUUUGGGAUCACAUAGUGCCAAAUGAAUUCUUAUGUUUUGGAUAAUCUUUUCUAUCUGAAGAUUCUUUCAUCUGUGAUAAAGAAGGGAAACAGAAGAAAAGGGUUCUACACAGAAUAAGUAAAGAAUAUCAGCAUCGGAGAUUUUCAUUUGUAUAGAAAUUCUUAAUACUAGCUUCUGAGAUAAAUAUACAGCCUCUAUGUGCACAUAAGCAGGGAUCUUAAUGAGACCACUAUGUGUACGUAAGCAGUGACAAAAAAAUUAGAAAUAUUAUAAUGACAACAGUUAGCUCCUACUUAUUGGGUUAAGAUAAUAACUAUUGCUGGUCUCUUAGUUGCUACCUGUCAAGCUUUCUCAAUGUAGAGUUUGGUUAAUCUCGUGACAGUACCUUAAUGAAGAUAUCUAUAGGAAGAUUUUUUGAACGACAUUGGUUUGGCGAUACAACUUGCAUGUAUCAAGCUUAUCUCCGAUGUGAUGAGGAGGAAUCUAUGUUUAGCAAAAUUAUGCUGCGCAGGGUUGUUGGCAAUGCCAAAUAUAUUUUGCUGUUGCAGUACAGUUUUGUGUAGCUUAUUCGUGACACCCAGUUUCUGAAGAAGAAUAUUCAACCCUAGUAGGUCACUUGACUCUGAGCCAUCCUCUGUGUUUUACUUCAGAUACUCUUUUUCAGGUCAAACUUGCUUUUUGCUUGUCUAAGGUUCCAGAUACUCUCUAAAUAGAUGCCUUGCUCUACUAUUGAUCUCCUAUCUUGACAAGCACGUUUCUAAUCAGUGCAUUCUUCAACCUAGAAGCCUUCAUUCUUGGUGUAGCACCCAUCUCUUUGUAGAGAACUUUUGAGUUGCCAAAUAAUUUAUCCUUAGCGUUCAUGAGAGCAAAUUAAUUUAGCCUUCAUGCUAAAGGUGGAUGACCCAUCUGUUGGUGAUGUAAUCGUAUCUUAAGGACAUCUCCUAGAGGUUCUAGAGAUUGAUCUGCUGCCACUAGAUAUGCUUGGCUCAGUCCUUCUAGAAGAUAAAGGCCUUCACAUUCUCUAGCAAUUCCAACCCUCUGAUGAUGUACCUCGUCAAAUAUGACACAGACAUCUUCAUAAAAAAAGACAUGAUAAGGUGAAUCUCUAACGAGUUUCUUAAUUGAAAUGAGGUUUGUAAAUAAUUUGGGGACAUGGAGGACAUUAGUAAGGACCUCAAAAGGUUCAAGUCUAUUGUCUCCUAUACCUGCGACGGUUAGAAGAUCCAUCUGUAAUAGUCACUUUUCUGUCACUAGGACAUGGGUUGUAUUUGGUAAAAAAGCUGGAGGAGUUCGUCAUGUGGUCUGUUGCUCCUGAGUCCACUACCUAGUUAUUAGAAAUAUCUCUAGAAGAGACUCUAACUCCAAGAGAGUGGUGAAACAUAUCAGGCUGAAUUGAUGAGAACUAUGUCACUAUCGACUUCAGUUUUUCUAACUUAAUUCGAAGUCGCGCUUUACCCUGAAUCUGAAGAGAAGAAGAAUGUUAACUGGUUUGAGAAUCUGAGGGCUGACUAGUUGGUAAUCCUGCUGCCAAAUUUGUUUGACUGUUAUAUUUUUCAGUGCCAAAAUUUUGUGGUUUGCCAUGCAGUUUAUAACAUUUAUCUCUAGUGUGACGGGCUUUUCUGCAACAUGUACACCACAUAUUAUCACGAAAAUCAAUCUUCUGAUUUCUUCCUUGGCCAUGCUGAGGCUGUUUAGUUUGAUCUGUGACUUUCUUCAUAAUUUCUCUUUGUUUAAUCAUAGAUGCAGUGUUGUCAAUUUCAGGCACUGACAACAUUAAUUUUCGACAACUUUCCUCAUUCAAAAUGGUUGAAAUAGCUUCAUCCAAAUCAGAUUGUAUUUCAUGACUCAAAAUCUGUUGUUUGACCUGAUCAAAAACAGUAUUAAGUCCAGACAAAAAUUUAAACACUUUUCUUCGUUCUAUAAAAUGUCGUAAGACGGCAAUUUCUGCAGGUUUUCUAUAUCAAUACUGAGAUAAUAAUCGAUUUCCUGCCAUAAAUUUUUCAAUUCUCCUGCAUGUUUCAUCACAGAUUUAUUUCCUUGAAUUGUGGACAUAGAUUUUGUCCCAAGUUCAUAUAAAUGUGCCUCAUUGUUUCUUUGUGAGAAUUUUGUGUGAACUGUUUUUCACAAAUCUUUGACUGUAGAUAGGAAGAAAACAUCUCAGCUAAUUUUGGGGAAUCAUUGUACCCCAAAGCCAGGUUUUGAUUAAUGCAUCUUCUUCUCUUCAUCUACGAAAUUCAUGAGACAAUGGAUUCGGUUUCCCCUCAAUCAGAUGAUGUAACAUCCCUCUUCCAGUCAAGAGCUCUUGAACAUAUUCUGACAACUGAAUUAAAUUGUAUCCAGUCAAUUUGAACUCUGCAGGCAUUGCAAGAAGUUGUACAACUAAUCUUGGACCUCUUGGACCACUUGGACCAAGAUUAACUUGCUUGUGGAGAGGUUGGAUCCCCCACAAAUAAUGAAGAAUUGUCUCCCACAUUCUUCAUUUAAAGAAAAUGUCCAAAUUCACGAAAAUAUCAAAUUUCGUUAGCAGAUCUCAAUAGAGACAAGAAAAACGCUGCAAGAACCGUAACAGACCAGUAGAUCAGUGCGGAAGCAAAAAAUGGAGCGAUCACACCUGGAUUUGCUCUGGAAGAGACACGGCAAAGGAGAAGAUCCCUUGCUGGAAGUGUACGGGACCAGUAACUCCAGCCGAGGAAGGAGGGAACGUCGACAACGCAAUGUCAAGCUGUGACGGUGCUGAAAAAAUCAGGGUUUUAAACCUUAGAACGGGUCUGAUACCAUGUAGUCGAGAUAACACACGGUCUGGAGCUCUGAUAGAUGCCUAGCACCCGUUGAAGAAGAACAAAAACUUUAUUGAUCAAGAAAACUUAUUACAAGGAGAGCAGGAUCCAGUAUUUUUACCAGAUCCCUAGAAGGUUCUAGACAUCCUGAUGUAGACACGAAAAAUGAAAGAUACAGGAGGACAUAUCUGUAAACAUAUAAAGUAUACAGGUUAUUAAGUACAUCUUGACAACAGACUGAAAACGACUUGUCCAUUUCAAAAAUUCUUUGCCAAGUUAGCUUUCAAAGGAGGAUCUUGCUCUCUAACAUUUCUAAGCCAUGGACAUAAAAUGAUUGACUUGCUACUUCUCAAACAAGCCAUGAUCAUCAUUACUUUGCUAGUAAUGAGAAUGAGCUAUAGGUGUUAUGAACAAAUUUUAUACAGGCCUUGGGUGAAUUGCUUCAGGCCUGUACAAUAUUUUCUUUUGCUUACAUUGUUUAUUGUUUGUUAUAUAACUCGGAAGACAUUGUUCAUACAAUUUGCACGGUUAAUAUUCUUCUGUGCGAGAAAACAAUUUUUGACAUAAAGCUAGUUUAGAAUCUAGGAGUACCAAGUAUCUGUUCAAUGAUGCUUCUUAUUUACGUCAGGUCUUGCACAAGCAUUAUGGUUUCAUGAUUGUCUAUUUUAUGAGUUAUGAGUGAAUCCUUUUCCUGUAAUCGAUGGUAAACACCUUAUUAGAUCCAAAGUCAUAUUCCCUUUUUUUUAUCCUCUCAUCCAUUGCACGAGAGAAGUGGGGAUUGAAGAUGAAUAGGUGUCAUAAAGAAUGAUAGAUGGACGAAAUGUGAGUGUAAAAGGUACAUGUGAAGGUAGGAUGUAUGGUACGUUCUAUGGUUUUCUUUCUGAUGGUGAAUGACAAAAUAAGUUAAGGUUCUAUUUGAGAGGAUUCUGAAGGUUGUACUUGAGAGGAUUCAUGUGGAAUUGAAGUUUCUACAUCUUGUUGAGAGACAACAACUUAGAGUAAUUACUAUCUUGAUCAUCCAGAGUAAGUGAGCCACUCCAUUUCAACUAAGGUAGUAUAGCAUUAUAAUUUGCAUCAGACAGUUCAGUGAGACUCAACAAUACAUCAAGAUUGAAAUAAACAAGAAUGAAAAAAUCCCCCCUCCUGAGGAUGAAUAUAAGACGACGACUUUGGGAAUAUCCCUUGAGACUUAAUUCUUCCUUGUCUUUGUAUUGGGCCUUUUAAUUUUUUUCUGUUUGGAAAAUAAUAAUGUUUGAAAUUUUUUUAUAACAAUUAUAUGCAUUGGACUAAGGAUCAACAGUUCUUUUGCUAUCUAAUUGUGGAGGAGAAGUGCUUAACCCUUGGUUUUCUCCUUUUACAGAUCCUUGACAACAUCCAAGUAUCCAUAAAGAAUCUGCAUAUUGUGUAUAUUGAUACACAUGCUGAUCCGGUAUAAAAUUCAUUCACAUUUUUUCUUCUUUUUUGAUUGGUUAAUGUUCACUGAUAAAUAUUAUUCUUUCAUUUUCCUCCAGUUGUAUGCAGUCUCGUUUAUACUGAAUAUUGUACCUCUGUGUGGUUAAUUUUCAUGUUAAAUCCACGAUAUGUGACUUAGUUGUUUUCAUGUUUAGGUUAUGAUUGACCAAUGGUGGAUAAGAUGGUGGUUACGAAUGAAAACUUGUGCUUCUUUGUUUACUUAUUUUGAAAAAAAAUAUCGUUGGUGUACUCAUAACAAUACUGCAUGCAUGGUAUAUGUUUGUUAGUAAAAUGUGACAGUAAUAGUCAACCUUCUCUGUUAAUAGAAAGGUAGGGAAUCUUAAAAUGAUUUCAUGUUUUUUUUCUUACUUUGAAAAAGAUGAAUAGAAGUGCGUUAUGAUUGUCCAUUGCUAUCAUGAGCUCAUUCUAAAACAUAAUUGGUGUCGUCCAUGGGGUCCUUUAUUUUUUCUUGCCAGGGCCUCCAACAUUAUUUUUCCAAUUUUGUUUCCAGGCAAGUAUGCUCAUUAAGAGUGAUUCAAUUGCUGAGUACCCUUGGCAUUAACUGAAAGAGUAUGAUAUUGAGGUUAAAGUGUAGAUGCAAGGGUAGCCUAAUUAUUGGGGUUGUAGACUUUUUUCAGAAAAUUCAUACCCUUGGCAUUCCUAUAAGGCUAAGAGAACGACAUGUGGCCAAAUUUUAAGUUGUCAUUUGAGGCUGCCUACAAAGCCAUGUAUUAAAAAAAAUUGCACUGUCAGAUGAAUUUGCAAAGUACAUGUUUUCUUUGAAGGUGGAUCAUACUAGAUGAAUCUUCGAACAUCAUACUAGGCGAUAGAGGGAAGGCACUUGGUAGACAUUGGGCUAGGGCGAAGUAUUUGGAUGCUGAGAAGUAAUGAAUAAAUUAACAUACCACUAUAGAUGUGCAGUGUGUGGCAACAUAGGUUACCAUCGUGAACAGUUGCGCAAACCCUAGGAGAAUAAGUAGAUGAUUGUUAUAUACAAGGAAACUGCCUAACAACCAGGAACUGACAAAAUUGGAAACAAACUGUUACUCAGAACAAGCUUUUUGCUAUAUUAGGCUUUCCAUCUAUUUUUCCUUUCUUUCCUACUAUUAGAUGUAUUUCCUUUUUCAUGUUUCUGUUAUUAGACCUUUCCGUAGUACUGGAAAGGUUUAUUCGACGCCAAUAUAAAUACUAGUGUACUGCCUUGAGAGGGGCUAAGUUAGUUUUCCUUUCCUGCUUUCGCUGUAUCUCGUAACAUGGUAUCAGAGCCUUCCCUUUGAUCUUGCGUGAAGACCGCCGACGGAAGAUCAACCAACCUUGGUGGUGGUGACGACUUCACAUUGUAGUACCUGAAAUCGUGAGGUUUCUUGGUCGUAAGCAGACCAGCGGAUUCCUUGAAGAGUCACUACACCAUCGUCGUUUCUUGGUCGUACCUUACAAUAGAUUUUUUCAAUUCUAUUGUCUCUAAUUUCUUUGCUAUGGAGGGCAUUGUUCAUGAAUCUUCUUGGCCCUAUACACCUCAGCAAAAUGGGGUAGCUAAAAGAAAGAUUGGGCAACUGCUAGAAAUAACAAGGGUUGUCAUGUUUAAAGUCGAAGUGUCAAAGUACUUAUGGAGUGAGGCAGUACUAAUGGCCACUCAUCUUGUUAAUCAUCUCCCAUCAGAAGCAUUAUUAUUUUAGACUCCCAAAACCUUAUUGUAGGGUUAUUAUCCGACUGUGCAAUAUGGACUAGAUUUACCUCUUCGACUAUUUGGGAGUGUUGCAUACAUCCAUCAAUCUCAAAAUGGACUAUCUAAAUUUGCCCCUAGAGCCAUAAAGGCAAUCUUUUUGGGCUAUUCUAAUACACAAAAAGGGUACAAAUCUUAUGACCCAAGACAUCAAAAAUUUAUUGUGACAAUUAAUGUCACAUUUCAUGAAAGCAACAUAUAUUGCCAACAGACAACAACUCAAGUAUCUAGGUGUGAUAUUCUUGUGCCAGAAAAACAUGAUUUACACAUUGAGAUUCUCAAGGAGAAUGAAGCUCCUGAAAUGUUAUCAAUAAAUUUUCCAGCACCUCCACCUCCACCAAAUCGACUUGGUCGAGGUUAUUAUCAAAGAAAGCCAAAGAUAAUCAAAGAUAUCCAUGAACAGGAUCUGCCUGACAUAACAGAUGCCCAUGAACAACUUGACUCAGCAGAUGCUCAUGAACAACCUGAUGCAACAAAUGCCCAUGAACAACCUAACUCAGCACAUGCUCAUGAACAACUUGAUGCAGCAGAUACCCAUGAAAAGGAUCUGCCUAAUGCAGCAGAUGCACAUGAUUCUAUUAUUGAAUGUGACAAUUCACUAAUUGAUCAAUAGAACCUUCUUAUUACUCAAGGAAAUGAAGGAAAUGAAAUCUGCCCUAUUGCUCCCUGUAAAGGAAUUAGAGAAUGUACAAAGAAAAAGGUAUAUCCAUCCUGCAAUUAUGUAUCUUAUCAUCCCCUAUCUCCACGGUACAUGUCAUUUUUGUCAGCUAUUGAUAAACACGAUACUCCUCAAAACAUUGAUGAAGCUUUAAGAAGCCCUCUAUAGAAAAAAACAAUGGAUGAGGAGAUGUUAGCUCUACAGAAGAAUCAAACUUGGAAACUUGUGCUACUUCUUAAAGGGAAGAAAACCAUGGGUUGUAGAUGGGUAUACACUAUUAAAUAUAAAUCUGAUGGGACUGUUGAUUGUUUUAAAGCUCGGCUGGUGGCAAAAGGCUUCACCCAAUGUUAUGGUAUUGAUUACAAAGAGAUCUUUGCUCCAUUUGUGAAGAUGGGAACAGUUUGGAUAUAAAUAUCCUUAGCUAUGGAUGGUCCUUAUUACAAUUUGAUGUGAAAAAUACAUUCUUACAUGGAGAAAUCUCAGAAGAAAUAUAUAUGGAGCUUCCACCAGGAUACAAAUACCUAAAUGAUAUUCUAAAGGUAUGCAAACGCAAGAAGGCAUUAUAUGGCUUAAAAUAGUCACCAGAGUUUGGUUUGGCCGCUUAACCAAAACAAUGAGAGCUUUGGGGUUCAAGCAAGCCAAUGGAGAUCAUACCUUAUUUUAUAAACAAUCAAGUUUAGGAAAAAUGACGAUCUUACUAGUAUAUGUCGAUGACAUGAUUGUCAUAAGAGAUGAUAUGCAAGAAAUCCCUUCUCUUAAAAAACAACUGACGAUUGUUAUCAAAGUGUUGGGACAACUAAAAUACUUCUUGGGAAUUGAGGUAGCCUACUCUCGUGGAAAUUUAUUCCUAUCUCAAAGAAAAUAUAUUACAGAUUUAGUCAAAUAUACAUGCAUGAGUAACUAUAAACCAGCAUGUACACUAAUUGAAGCAAAGCAUUGUAUUGGGGCUUCAAAGGAAAGUGAUCAAGUAGAUAAGGGCUCUUAUCAACAGCUAGUUGGAAAAUUAAUUUAUCUAUCCCAUACUAGACCGGAUAUUGCUUACUUAGUUGGAGUGCUAAGCCAAUAUAUGCAUGACCUUAGGGAGGUACAUCAUCAAGCUGCUCAACAAGUCCUAGCCUAUCUUAAAGGAACAAUUGGCAUGGGAAUCCUUUUUUAAAGGGGAGAUUCUCUUACAGUAGGCAUCUAUACCGAUGUUGAUUAUGUUGGUUCAGUUGAUGAUAGGCACUCUACUACUGGCUAUUGUUAUCUCAUUGGAGGAAAUUUGAUCACUUGGCAAAGCCAAAAACAAAGAGUUGUGGCUCAAUCAAGUGUUGAAGCAGAAUUUCGGGCUAUGGCCCUUAGGAUUUGUGAUGGCAUUUGGAUAAAAAAUAUACUAAAUGACUUACAAAUACCCAUGGAAGGUUCGAUUACCUUGUUCUGUGACGAUCAGUCCACAAUAAGUAUUGCACAUGAUCUUGUUCAGCAUAACAAGAGCAGACACAUUGAAGUAGGUAGACAUUUUAUUAAAGAGAAACUCGAAUCAGGAAUGUUUUGCACAGAAUAUGUCUCAUCUACAAAUCAGUUGGCUGAUAUAUUAACUAAGGGCAUUUCUGUAAUAGAGUUCUGCAAACAAAGGAGCAAGUUGGGCAUGAAUGAUAUCCAUGCACCAGCUUGAGGGGGAGUGUUAUGCAGAACAAGCUUUUUGCUAUAUUAGGCUUUCCUUCCAUUUUUCCUUUCUUUCCUAUUAUUAGAUGUAUUUCCUUUUUCAUGUUUCUGUUAUUAGACCUUCCGUAAUAUUGGAAAGGUUUAUUAGACACUAAUAUAAAUACUGGCGUACUGCCCUGAGAAGGGCUAAGUCAGUUUUCCUUUCCUGCUUCCGCUAUAUCUCGUAACACAAACCAACAACUAGGAAACGAUCCAACUAAGAACAGAACUCCAGAUUAUACAUUAUUUUCCACAGUUACAUCACUGAGUUCAAAUGUUGUGAUCAGCAAAACCCAACCUUUUUUCUAUCAAUGAACAAGAUAGGAACAAACACUAUGCACUUGGGCACUCUACAUUUGAUGUAGACUCCAUCUAUUUUUUCAUCUUUGUGGAUGAAUAACUCAUAUGUUGUUGGAUCAAGGCACUUUGAGAUAAAAUUGUAAUGUCUAAGGUAGAUAUUUACGUUUCAUAACUUUCCUUAGAAAAUUUGAGGAAUCUUAACUUGUCUUUGAUGCUAGAUCUUACUGUCUGAGCAGUAGUGACUAUGAUGUCCCUGUUGAAAUGCGUGGUAUUAAAUGUUUCUUGCAAUGUAACCUUUUAUAUAUUCCGCCAUUUUUCUUUGCUGCAGGUAUGCUGAAAUGGAUUAAAUGUACCGAUUUUUUAUUGGUGGUAAACUGGUUUCUGGGUUCGAUCAGUGAUUGUACUUUUCCUAUCUGAUUGAAACUAUGUUGAUCUUAUGAAAACUACAAUGACAUUAUGGUUGUAUUUAGUUAGUGAAUAUUUGACUGCUUUUUUCUUGUGUGAAAACUACAAUGACAUUAUGAAUGUUUGGGCAUUUCUUUUGAAGUGUAUUGACUGCUUUUUUCUUGUGUGAAAACUACAAUGACAUUAUGAAUGUUUGGGCAUUUCUUUUGAAGUGUAUUGCUUUGUGAAAUGAUGUCUUUAACCUCAACGAGUUAUUUUCCUUACUUUUUUCCAGGAGAGGUUCAUUUUUGGUUUAAGAUUUUCAAGUUUGACGAUAAUGACUGAUACACGGAAGCAGAAUUCCAUUGGGUGAGUGAAUAACGGUUCGUCUGUCUCUUUGGAUGAAAUUUAACUUAUUUGAUUGUAGUUUGUGCAAAUACUCGAUUGGGUCUUAUAGCCAAUUUAUCACUAUGACUUGUUUUUGUUGGGGUACUGCUUUUUUGGUCCGGAGGAACUGAAUUUCUUUUAUCUGUAUUCAUGGAUCCUUAAAAAAUUGUUGUGAUUAUCUUGAUGAAUUUAUUAUUGAGAUUUAAACAUUCCACUUUCUCUCAGGUCGUCUUAUGGGAAAUUUAAAGGUGGCCAAGUAAAGAAGAUUCUUAAGAUAUCAACUUGUGGCAUCUAUUGUAACUUGUUUGAUGAUAACAUUAGUGUUGAGGACGAUCCUAUCUUCACAUUGUGCUACGAUUCAAAGUUUGAGCCUAAGAGAUAUGAUUAUCUCAUAAAUCCAUUUGACUUGACAGUCUCUUUACUGGUAUGUUGUCUUGGCUUGACUAUUUUGUAUGAUUAUUUCUUGUUCUUUUAUAGCCUUAAAUCUCAAACUGGUCAAUACCAAGAUUUAUUCUUCAAAUGGCUAGUCCUUUUUUUUUUCUUGACGUUCGUUUGUUAUUUUGAGAUAUCUUACUGUUUGAAAACCAAAUUGUCAACACUUUUCGUGUCUAUUUUUCGUUCUUCGUUGGUGAUGACUCUUUUGAGCUUGAGGUUUGACAUCUUAGUUGUUGGGCUCAAACCCCGUGUUUCAUGAUCUUUGCUUUGGUUUUAAAUCUGUUGACAGUGAGUUCAUGAGUCAACAGCUGAGUUUUGAUCCAAGUUUUUAUCCUUGAGUUAUUUUAAUUUUUCCAUAUAUUGCCGUGUAACAUUGGAAUAUCGAUGCUAAUCCUCUUAACCUUCAUUUCUCGGCCAUUUUUGGGUUGGAAAGCUUUUAUAUAUUUGCUUAAAUCUCUAGCAAAAUUAGCACAAAUCAAUAUCAAAACUGAGGUUUUAUUGCCAUUAAAAUUAGUCUAUUUGGUUCACAGGUAGGAAUGACUUUGGAUUAGUUAUAUCAUAGUAAAAAUGAAGCACUGUUUGAGUUCAACUACUUUCAACAGGGUACAACUAGGUUCUUAUUAAAGAACAAUGUCAAAGUUUUAGGCCAGGUAGGUUCAUGGACUAUUUAAGAAUAUGCUGCUGAGUUUUCCAAACUCUUGGUUGGGACAAUUAUCUGAGACAGACUCUCAAAAGGCAGCCAAUAUUACUUAAUGGUACACAAUUGUUGUUCAAGAGAAAAUGGUAGUUGAAGAUGUUUGGUAUUUAAAUGAAGCUAUGCACCUGGCUUCUAAACAAGCAACCAAGCAACUCAGUCCAAAAAAACUCCUCUACUCAUCUAGAAAUAUGUAAAAAUAAGUUAAAUAGCAAAGGUAAAAUAAAGCGAAUUUCUUAAUGUACCAUGUUCACUAGAAUCAGAUCAAUAUUGUUCAUAAUCUCCGUUCUUUUUGGGGUAUUAAUGACUAGGCUAAAUGCCAUGUAACUCUCGUAGUCUUUAAACAGAAAUUUUCUGUUAUCCUCCCCCCCCCUCCCUCCCCCCAACAGGAAACUGGGAGAGACACUGCCACCAUUCAAGCUUAGUGAGAAAAGUUCGGCUCCUCUUCCAUAAAAUCCCAAAGUGCUAGACUGUGCAAUCUAAAGUGCGAUUGAAGAUUUAUCGAAAAAAGGUUUAGCGCAAGUAGAUAUGAGUCUUCGUUCUGCCCAUGCUUUACUAGCAUCUGAAAAGGAUGGUAGUUGGAAGAUAUAUGUUGACCGUUGGGUUGUAAACAAGCUCGUGACAAAAUGCAGAAGCCAGACCAAGGUUUGAUGACAUGCUGGAUAUAUUUUAAGGCCCAAGAUAUGUUCUAUAAAGUAGAGAGGAUUCUUCCUUUAAAGGUUAAUGCAGACCGUCAGAUUUCUGCUGCUAGUGACAUACUGAAUCGAAGAAAGUCUCUACUUAUGUAUUUGAGCUCUAUAAAAUGGUGAAUGCUUCAAAGCAUUGUAAGCGUUACAAUGACCAAGUAUUUCAUUUUAUUAAUAAUCCUAACAGCUAUAAACUUGUACUUAAUGCCUUUUUUCAGGAAUUCCAAUUAUGUCGAAAGAUAAAUCUGGGAUUCAAAACAGGGUAGUUGACACAUUAAGCCAGAAUGGCAUUGCUAGAAACUUUGAAAACGUAGGUUGUGCAUUUUGAAUGCUCUAGAGAUUUUCACGGUUUUUAUUUUGAAGUACAGAAAUUUCGGAUAAAUUUAAGAAUUGACAUCACAGUAUUUUUGUUCUUCAAAACGUAUUCUUAGGCAAUUCACUUUGUAUCCUAAGAUGUUCUUUAGCGGAACAAAUCAUGAGUGAGUUGGAUGGUGGAUGCAGAUAAAAAUCAUGAAGGAUACAUUUGGGUCCACUUGAAGUGAGGUGUGAGCAGGUUUGUGGAAAGAUGGUAGAUAUGCGUCAUUUCAAAGGGAACCCACCCAAAAUGCAGAAUUGCAUAUGCCACUUCCAGUUCUUGUUGUAAAUGAGAAUUUUUAUCUCUCUAUUGUGUUAAAAUGGCUUACGUUUCAGAGGCACAAUAGUCCAGCCUAAUUUUGUAGUUGGCUGCAUUUUGAAGAUGCAUUUUAUCCUAUGUAGGAAGAUAGCCUAUGCUACUUACGUGACUAAUGUAAUCUUCCCAGAAGUGGUUAGGUUACCCAAAAUUUGUAUUCGCAUCACCUCAAACUGUGACACCAUGUUCCAUACAUCUGGAUGAUUUUAUGACUUUGAUUUGACUCGAAAUUGAACUUCAGUCACUUUUUUUUACAAAUAGAUGGGCAAAUGAAGGUUGUCUGGCUUUUGGGAUUAAUCUAGCAGAAAUGAUAAUUUGAAUAGAAGCAGAUAUUGUUGUUUGUUAUUCCCGUGGAUCUAUUCUAAACGCUAAUUUCUCCAUUUUACUUGAUGACAUCUUCUCCAGUUUAUUUUCUGUUUAAUCCAAAUUUUUUUCUGUUCCAUUUUGGGAACGAUCAUAAAGGAAAUUGGAUUAUUAUUUUUCUAUAAUUUUUCCCUGUUCACCGUGACAUUCUAUUUAUUCAUCCAAAAAUUCGUUUCACCGAACCUAGCUUUUUUGUAAUCAUAUGUUUUAGUAGAUGCCUGCUUAAACAUUAUAAAAUCGGAGAGUUUCUGCUUUUUUGUAUCUAACACAGGCUUGAAUUUUUUUCAUUUAGGUAAACAAAUCUGGGAUGUUUGAUGCAAGUCCUGAAUACUCUGUUAUGGCCGAGCUAACUUCUGUGGUUUGUCCUUCUGUGAUGAAUAUUCCAAUACUGCUGUUAAAAUAUGGUAUUCUCUUUUCCUGGGCAAUGGCUGUCUGAAUGGUCAUAUUGUGCAUUCUAUUUUUUGCUAGGUCGUGUUAUUGAAUGAGGUUCAGUUGUUGCAAAUUUUAAGUCUCUGGGAUCACUUUUCCAUCUGCUCCUUGAGAGAGAGGUAAUUUUUUUCAAUGUAUCUAGUUCAAUGCUUACACUUUGAUGGUUUCUUAUUUGCUUUGUCAUUGUCUUCGAAGUGUCUAGUUUACGUAGGUGAUGCUAUCCAACAAGCUUUCACUCGUUUUCUAUAGCUUGGCUAACUUUUAUCUACCUCAUGAUCCUUUUCAAUCGAGCAUGAGUAACAGUGAUGAGCGAUCAAAAACUUCUUGAUCAACUGGCUAGAGAUUAUAACUUUGGCAUGGAGAACUGCACAACUGGCCCAUCAUCAUUCAUCGCUGUAACUGCUCUUGUACCACGUGCAGCUUCUGGAUGCCGCUCAUGACAUGACCUCUUAUUUGUUGUAACUGAUGGAAGUUUCUAUGGUAGUUUGUACCUGCAUAAUGAUAAAGAAGAAGAAAGUGAAAGGGUGUAGAGGUAAUAGCAUGCAGAGAAAUAAAAAAAUAACGAAGAAUCGCUGCAAUUGACUGGUGGGGCACCCAAAAUAAAAUUGGUUCCAUGAGAGAAAGUAGACGAAAGGUGAUGAGCAGAAAGAUCUUUUGAGUAACAAUAUUACGUUAAUGUUGCUUCACCGUUUUGAAUAAGGCUAACAUCAGGGUUAGAGUGUCUUCUUGUGAUAAGCGCUGUGGUGUUUCCAAUAAUUGUGACUCAGGGCAUUUUAGUAUUAUAUCUUUCACCCAUCAAUGAUUAAGAGUUUAGUUAUAUAGCUGAACCCGAAAAAUCAUCAGAGCAGUUUGACUUCGGAAGGGUGUAUUAUCACUAUGAAGAUGAGGUGAAGUCGCUGAAAAAAGAUGUGGCAAAAUUAUACUGUAAGGUAUUCGAAAUAUAUGGAAAAGUAAUUUUUUGGUUGGGAGCAUUAUACAUGACUGAUUUACUCCUAUUUGUUGAUUUAAACAUGUGCAUAAUUAUGAAAGUAUUGAAAAUAAUAUGGUUUCUUGGUCAUCUCUGGUUAAAUGAAGUUGAGUUCCAGUUUAAGAUUUAUAAACUAUACUGUCUUUUAGGGAUUAAAUUAUGGUCACGUAUUUUUGGCUGUGUUUCAUGUCACAAUCUUUAGAAGUUUUGUUUUGUAUGUUUUCUCUUACUUGGGUGCUGCAGAUAUGGACGUUAUCGGCCAGAUCACACCUCGUUAUCAUGGAAGGUUGAUGGCUGGCAAAUAUUAUGGUGGCAUUAUGCACAGCAAUCUGUUUUAGCAGAUGUUAGACGGAGGUUGAGGAAGACUUCUUGGAGCAGUCUUGGACGGAGAAUGUAUGACAGAGUUCUCACUAUGUAUUUUUUUUGGAGAAUAGUUAGUGUUGCACCAUGGUUGUAA